GAAAAAAAAAAAAAAAUCUCCACCUGCCAUUGCGUUCAGCUUUCGGCCGGACCGUCGAAUUUUGCCGCCAACUCGUCGACCUGAUCAGCCUCCUGCCCACCACUGACCACUUGGUCCUCCGAUUUGAAGCCGCACGCCCUACCGGAGAGGAUACCUCGCCACUUGAAGUAGAGGAGCAACGCCUCAGUCCACGCGAGCGGUCAGACCAGUUCGCCUUACGCAACCCGACGCCGGCGCAACCUCCAUGUCGUGCAACGAUCAGUAUUUUGUUGAAUUAUUGAUUCUUCUUCAACUUGCAAUUGUUGAAGAAGAAGUAAAUAUUUUGGGAUUUUGGAAAAGUAAAGCGUGUGUGCAAUGAAGUCUGAGAAGGGUUAGUGGAUGAUAGGAGGUUACAAAUCCCAAAAAAUCAGUAACACUUACCAUAUAAAAAACCCACCUCCUUAAAUCAUGCUUGAAACGGUUGGACAUAAUUUAGGUGCUAAUCUCGUAAAUGGGCAAAUAAGAUACUUUAUUGGUACAUGUACAAUAUUUCUUGUCUUUGUCAUUACACAGUGUAAUUAUCUCUUAUAUAUAUGCAUGCGUUGUAUAUAUUUCUGGCCCAAAUAAUAAGAUUCAGCACAAGUACACUAAUAAUCUACACUCCUGGCACAAAUAGAAAGGUUCAUCACUCCACUAGACUAGACUCUAGUCCACUAUAAACAAUAUAAACGGUCCUACACAUCAAACAAUCUCAGCACAUUUUUAUGAGUGAAUGUUAGCGGGAAAAAAUGAAAAAAACUUUACAUUAAAGCCCCAAAAUUAAUUAGACUACUCCGUCUCUACAAACAAGAAGGAAGAGCGCGGCUGGUACUUAUCCUUCAUUCUCCAAAUUUCGUCUUCCCCCUAUCUCUCCAAAUUCCAAAAUUCCAAUCGUCAAGUCUACCUCGCCCGGCCCGCUGUCCACCUCGCCCGGCUCGCCGUCCUCCACAACCGAGCCGAACUUCACCACCGUCUGCGGCUUCCGGCGACCGCAGCAAGAUCGAUCCCGCACCCGUUCACCUGACGAGAGAGACCACCACCGUCGAUUGAGUCGGGUCAUUGACGGGUUGUUUGAAUCAAGAUCGGUCACAGACUCACAGUUUCAGUCCAAAGCAAACAAUCCCUAGAAACUCUCCUCGCACAAUUUCUCACACUCACCCGUCGGCUGUCACCAACCACCCGCUCUCAGCACUAGUCCAUCACCGGUCAACCACCAGUCAAGCGGCGAAUCUGUUACCGGCCGCCGCCUGGCGCUCAGCAAGUUGACAAGCCCUCGCCCUCCCAUUCCGGCCGACGCUAUACCAGCUAAAAAUGGACAACAAUGAGAUUGAAAGAGUACGCGGGAGUAUAAAUGAGUUGAGCAUCAAAGAACGGGCUGAUCAAGCUGAAGGUAGCCCACAAAUCACUUGUUUUUCUCAAGCUUCUGAUGAAGUUACCUUCCACUUUCAGAUUAUUCGUCUUCACAAUCAGGUUUCAUUAAUGAUUUUAUAUGCUCUGGCUGUGUGCCUUGAUCGUAUGUCUUCACAUUUGGAGAUUUAUGCCUGGGUUGGUUGCAACUCGGCCAAGUUUGGACAUUUGUAUGCGGCUGCACCUACACGGCCUAGCCACACAGUUGGUGUGACUUCUCUAAUAGGAGGAGCUUCUGAUAACACGGGUUUUGGUAUUGCUCGCCGAUUAGUUCUAAAGACUGGUCUUAACAUCGUACUUGCUUGUAACGUACCAAAGAAUAACCCCAUGCUUGAGGCAAAUGCUGAGAAAAUGCUGAUGCAGAAGCUAAUUAGUCUCGGAUACACCAAGUCGAGAAGCUGAAGAAAGAUUGAAUGAGUUUUCCAUGACAGUUUUUUCCUUGGUACUUGUUCCAAAGUUGAAUUAGUUCUUCAAUUCUUGGAUUUUACUGUCAUGAAUGCUACGUAUUGCUUUAUUAUUUCUUAUUUUCGUGUUAAGUUACUUGUUCCGCAUAUCCGUUGCUAGUUUCAUUUGCUCGAUUGAUGAAUCUUCGAAACUUGGAAGCUAUGGAGUCAUUCUUUCUUCAUAUGGGAAAAUUUAAAUGGACGAAAAGUAGGAAGUUAAGAAUCUCGAUGAUAUGUUUAGUUUAGUGUAAGCCAUAUACAUACUACUUUUGAGUGUCAUAUUGAGCAAGAUACAGAUCUAUUAUACAUUUUUUUUUUUUAAAUAUCUAUUGGAGGUACCUGGUGCAUGUGUUUUUUUUAUGGAUUUGGCAUUGAUAAA